CAUCAUAGCACAUUCCUGGGUAGAUCUCAGCUGCCAGCAUCUGAUUAAAACCAUAUCUCUCGCUGUGAGUGGCUAACUAAUCUGAAGGCGAGAGUACAACCGAAUAUUUAACCGGGUCCCCGGUUCUAGCCAGGCUACCGGUUGUAGUUGGAUCAUGUGCAGAGACGUAUGAAUUUAACCUCAAACAUAGCUGACCACCAUCUCAUCAUGUCUACUGAAGCUGAAACUACUACUAUCAACAGCCAACCUGAGCAACAGGCUCCACUGAAAGCACAACCUUCAAAGAAGGAAAAAAAGAAAGGGCCAGAAAAGACAAAUGAAUCUCUCUUGGCCAGGUUCAAAGGUGAUGGUGUAAGAUACAAAGCUAAACUCAUUGGCAUUGAUGAUGUCCCAGAGGCAAGAGGUGACAAAAUGAGUCAAGAUUCAAUGAUGAAGCUGAAGGGCAUGGCAGUGGCAGCCCGCUCCCAAGGUCAGCACAAACAGAAGAUCUCGGUGAACAUCUCCCUCUCUGGUAUCAAGAUAACAGAUGAGAAAACUGGGAUCAUAGAGCAUGAGCAUCCUGUAAACAAAGUCUCCUUCAUUGCUCGGGAUGUAACAGACAAUCGUGCCUUUGGCUAUAUUUGUGGAGGAGAAGGCCAGCACCAAUUUUUUGCAAUAAAAACAGCACAACAGGCUGAGCCUCUAGUUGUUGAUCUUAAGGACCUUUUCCAGCUAAUAUAUAAUAUGAAGAAGAAGGAAGAGGAAGACAAGAAAAAGGGAAUUGACCAGAUGGACUUGUUCGGGGAUAUGUCAACACCUCCUGAUGUGAGCAGUCCCACAGAAACUAAAGAGAUUGUGUUAGUGGAUCUAAACUCUGAAAUUGAGACCAAACAGAUUUUUGCAAAAGAGGAUCUCUUCUUGAAUGGCAUCACAACCUCUCUUCUACCACCAAAGUCACAGCUACCCUUCUUGCCUGAGAGUUCUUUCUCUACCAAUCUCAGCUUCUUUCCCGCACCUAAUCAAGACCCUUUCAGUGAUGAUCCUUUUGCACAGCCAGACCAAGACCAACCUGCACUGCCUUUAUUUAAUUCUCUAAAGUCUGCUGAUCAGAAGAAGGGAAGUCUGAGUACCUUGACACCAGUGAGUAAUGGUGCUUCAAAUAGUGAUAUUGACUACAUCAGUAAACAGUUUGACCAGAUUUCUAAUAGAACUGGCAAACAAGAAGCACUAACAAACCAGUGGCCACUUGCAAGCAAGUUGCCUGCAGCAAGAAUGCCAAAUGGGGUACCAGAGAAAGAACAGAAUGGCUUUCUUAAUGCCUUGUCAAACCUGUUUGUGGAAGGUCCUUCCAGAGGAGUAUCUCUGCAGAAUGGAGUAAAGCUGGAUUCUGAAAGCAGUAUCCAGCUCAUGUCACAUGAGUCUAUAACAAUUAGUCCACCACCACAAAGUACUAAGCCAGGAAGAGGAAGGAGGUCUGUCAAGGUGAACAAGACUGCAUCAAAUGACAUAUUUAGCUCAGACUUGUUUGCGCCAACUACAGAGAGCCUCAGCUUGACCUCGGUGGCACAGACAGGACCUAUGCCAACUAAUCCAUUGGACCUCUUCAAAACAAGUCCUACCACAGCACCUCCAUUGGCUGGUCUAGGUGGCUUGCCAGCAACUUCUUCAUCACCAGGGCAUGCACAGACAUCUGCCUUCACUCAGGCUGCAUCAGUCUUUCCUGUGUCUAUGAUGCCUGCUUGGCCUACAGGAUUUACUCAACCACUUGCCUUUGGUACUCAAGCAGUGCCAAGCUGGAGCCAGCCUGCCUCUUUUGUUCCAGUAACCUCUCAGACCUCUGGGCUCUGGGCACAGCCAGCACAAGUUCCACCUACUUCAUGGACACAGCCAUCCAUUGCUGUAAAUCCUUUCCAGAGUAGUGUGUUCCCAUCUUCAACACUACCCACUCAGACCUCAUCUGUACUACCCUCCAUGUCGACAACUAGCCCACCUCAGCCACAACCUACAACUACACCUCAGAAGGAGCUAUCCAAGAGAGAGUGUGAUGUUUUUAUUGCUCUGGAUCCACUUGGUGAUAGAGAGAUGAAGGAUGUCAAGGAAAUGUUUAAAAACUUCCAGCUGACAAAGCCACCUGCAGUACCAGCAAGGAGAGGAGAGCAGCAAAGCCUUUCAGAACCACCAAAGCCUAUUUCCCAACAAACUGUGCUGCCAGCUGAUGGCCUGUUUGAAAGUCAAGCUAAACCAGACCUUUUCAGUGCCUCAUCUAAGGAGUCUCAGAAACCACCUUCUGGUCCUCUUGGUGAUUCUUUUGGCAACCCAUUUGCAUAGAUUGGGCAUAACCAGAAAAGUACAAAUGGAAUAUAACUGGACCUCUUCUCAACAUGACUCUUUUACUUGUUUCAUUUUGCUGUCUGCCACUCUUGCUGCUGUUCCAUGAUGUCUGUAAUCUAAAACAUGUCCAGGUGGAUUGAAA